AAAAGUGUUGAGGACGCGAAAAAUAACCAAUUAAGUAAUGAGGAAAAUGAAAAAAAGCACGAAAUAGAGCAAGAAACUGUUACUAAUCAUGGCAUAAAAGCACCGAAACAUCAUCGUAAUCGCGCGCAAUCGAAUCCGGGUCAAGCGAAAAACAACGAAUUCACUUUGGCUGUCCUUGGGGCCUCCAGAGUUGGCAAAAGCGCACUUGUGGGACAAUUUUUGUGGGACGGAUUUAUCAAGGAUUACCGGCCAACAGUUGAAGAGUUUAACUGGAUUGAGUACAACAAUGAUAGUGAAAAAGAAUUUAUGUUGCAGAUAAUAGAUUCUAGUGGUUCACACGACUUUUUAGCAAUGCGGCAACUUUAUGCUAGAACCGCCGAUGCUUUCGUGGUUGUUUAUUCAGUAGAUGAUUCGUUAUCAUUUGAUGAAGCCAAAGGAAUUAUUCGUGAGAUUCGCGAAUUAAAUGUGAAAAAUGCACCAAUUUUAUUGUUAGCUAACAAAACAGAUCUUUACGAAGGUUCCUUUCAAUGGAUAUGCCAGGACGGCGACAAAUAUGCACAAAAAAAUGGUCUCUUAUUUGCUCAAAUUUCUGCUAAAAACUCUCAGAAGGUUACUUUAAAUUUUCAGCAGUUUUUUUUUGAUAUUUUUUUUCGUGUGGACGAAGCAUUUGCCUGCUUGUUGAACAAAAUUGAUGGCUUUUUGCCGUCGCAACUGAAAAUACGGCGGCAAUCGAUGCCUUCAACUCAGGCUUAUUGUGGUUUGGACCCAAUUGCAAUCGCUAAAGUAGCCAAAAAACACAACAAAAGUAACUGUGUUCUAUCGUAG